UUCUGCCUCUAGCUCCAGCCUCUAGCAACAAUUUUUAUUUUUUUACUGCUUAGCCCAUCCCACUCCUCAUUCCUGGAUCCGCCCCUGAUCUACGCCGAAGUGCUGAACGGCUGAAGAGGAGGUGAAGACGGAAGAGAUUGUCGGCUACCAUCUACGCUGCCCGGCGCCAGCUACCAUCUCCGGCCUAACAAGGCUAAAUCUUUCAUAUCAGAUCACCUUGGAAUUGUGCGAGAGAGACGAUGUGUGGAAUUUUCGCUUACUUGAAUUACAAUGUUAGCAAAGAGAGGGGCCACAUUCUUGAAGUUCUCUUCAAUGGCCUUCGGCGCUUGGAGUAUCGCGGCUACGAUUCUGCCGGAAUUUCCAUUGAUGCCGAUUCCAGUUCUGCCUCUGCUCCUCUCGUCUUCCGGCAGGAGGGUAAUAUUGAAUCAUUGGUCAAAUCCGUCUACCAUGAUGUGGCAGCUACAGACCUAAAUUUGGGAGAAUCGUUUUCUGUUCAUGCUGGAAUAGCGCAUACUCGUUGGGCAACACACGGGGAGCCAGCCUCUAAGAAUAGCCACCCUCAAUCCUCUGGUCCUGGAAAUGAUUUCUUGGUUGUUCACAAUGGUGUCAUCACCAACUAUGAGGCUUUGAAGGAGACUUUGAUCCGACAUGAUUUCACCUUUGAAUCGGAAACAGAUACAGAAGUGAUUCCUAAGCUUGCAAAGUAUGUAUUUGAUAAAGCUAAUGAAGAAGGUGAUGAAAGUGUGACAUUCAGUCAAGUUGUACUUGAAGUAAUGAGACAUCUAGAAGGAGCUUAUGCUCUCAUAUUCAAAAGUCGGCAUUACCCAAAUGAAUUGGUUGCAUGCAAGCGUGGCAGCCCACUUCUUCUUGGUGCAAAAGACUUGGGAGAAGAGGCUGCCAGUGGAGCAUCAUUUAGUGAUCCUAAAGUUCUCUCAAACAAUGGGCAACCAAAGGAGUUAUUCUUUUCGAGUGAUGCCAAUGCUCUAGUUGAACACACGAAGAAGGUCUUGGUAAUUGAGGAUGAUGAAGUCAUUCAUAUCAAGGAUGGAGGUGCUUCAAUCUACAAGUUUGACGGGACAAAAAAGCAUGGUAAUACUCUUGCUCGUUCUGGCUCUGUUCAACGUGCCUUAUCCAUUCUUCUGAUGGAAGUAGAGCAAGUAAAUAAAGGAAAAUAUGAGCAUUAUAUGCAAAAAGAAAUUCAUGAGCAGCCAGACUCUUUGACAACCACAAUGAGAGGGAGGCUUAUACGAGGAGGAUCAAGUAAAGCCAGAUCUGUACUGUUAGGGGGCUUGAAGGAUCACCUUAGAACGAUAAGGAGAAGCAGAAGGAUCGUUUUCAUUGGUUGUGGCACAAGUUAUAAUGCAGCUUUAGCUGCAAGAUCGAUUGUAGAAGAACUUUCUGGCAUUCCCGUCACAAUGGAGAUUGCAAGUGAUCUGGUUGACAGGCAAGGGCCGAUAUACAGGGAAGAUACUGCUGUCUUUGUUAGUCAGUCCGGAGAAACUUCAGAUACUUUGCAAGCACUAGAGUAUGCCCUCGGAAAUGGUGCAUUAUGUGUUGGUAUUACAAAUACUGUUAGUAGUGCAAUUGCCAGGAAAACUCACUGUGGUGUGCAUAUAAAUGCUGGCUGUGAGAUCGGCGUGGCAAGUACUAAGGCAUACACAAGCCAAAUUGUAGUGAUGGCUAUGCUGGCACUUGCAAUAGGAGGUGACACACUUUCUAAUCAAGCAAGAAGAGAAGCAAUAAUUGACGGUCUAUUUGACUUGCCUUCAAAAGUAAAAGAGGUUCUGAAGCUUGAUGAAGAAAUGAGAGAUCUUGCUGAGCUGCUGAUAGCUGAGCAAUCACUGCUUGUAUUUGGACGAGGCUACAAUUAUGCAACAGCACUUGAAGGUGCAUUGAAGGUUAAGGAAGUAUCUCUUAUGCAUAGUGAAGGAAUCCUUGCUGGUGAAAUGAAGCAUGGUCCCUUAGCUUUGGUUGAUGAAAACCUCCCUAUUUUAGUUAUCGCCACUCAUGACAGUUGUUUCAGCAAACAACAAUCAGUGAUUCAGCAGCUCCAUGCCCGGAAAGGUAGAUUAAUAGUGAUGUGUACAAAAGGAGAUGCAGCAUCUGUUCGUGUUAGCGGAUCAUGCCGUGUCACUGAGGUUCCUCAAGUUGAGGACUGUUUGCAGCCGGUAAUUAACAUAGUCCCGCUGCAGCUAUUGGCAUAUCAUCUUACGGUUCUACGCGGAUACAAUGUUGACCAACCUCGGAAUCUCGCCAAGAGUGUUACUACUGAGUAAACAUUCCACUUAAAGAAAUAUACCAUUUUUGCUCUGGUUCAAGAUGACAGAUCGAGGGAAACCUUUGCAUUUCUACGACUGUACAUUAGGGAUUUAUAUAGCUCUUACAUUAGAUUGGUUAUUCAGUACAAUCUUUUUCCAUUUGGGGACAUUCAUUAUUUGGUUUACCAACCAUAUUUUUUAACCAAUUGCUAAUUUAUUUUCUUCAUUUCUUGUAAUAAUCGGUGGAUUGGUUUAUUAUCUAAAAAAGUAAAAGUUUGUGUUUUUUUUCUCUGCUGAUCAUU